AUUCGAGCAGAUAAUAACAACAUAGAAUUCAGUGUGAAGACACCGAGCAAACCGUCUUCAUCAGCCCCUAACAAUGUACAGCAGCAGAGGAGAGAGUUCCACACCACUGAACCGCACCGGCUUCAUCCACUCAUGGAGAGAUUGGUGAAAUUCUGUUAUAAUUAAAUCCUAAAAACCAUCCAGCAUGUCCAACUCUAGCUUCUUCACCUUCUCCAAUCACAGCUGGACGUACGGAAGCCUGCACAGACCCGUCACGGUGUUCAGCGUUCUGACCUUCACCCUGCUAGCCAUGCUGGUCCUGGCCACGUUCGUGUGGAACAUGCUGGUCCUCGUAACCAUCCUGCGGGUCCGCACUUUCCAUCGCGUCCCUCACAACCUGGUGGCCUCCAUGGCCAUCUCGGACGUCAUGGUGGCGGGACUGGUGAUGCCCCUGAGCCUGGUCCGAGAGCUCUACGGUCGCAGGUGGAUUCUGGGACGAGCCCUCUGCCAAGUGUGGAUUUCCUUCGACGUGCUGUGCUGCACGGCCAGCAUCUGGAACGUGACGGCCAUCGCGCUGGACCGCUACUGGUCCAUCACGCGCCACUUGGAGUACACGCUCAAGACACGCAAGAAGAUCUCGAACGUGAUGAUCGGACUGACGUGGCUCCUGUCCUCCAUCAUCUCCUUCUCUCCGCUCUUCGGAUGGGGCGAGACGUACUCCGAGGAGGCCAUGGAGUGCCAGGUGAGCCAGGAACCGUCCUACACGGUGUUCUCCACCUCCUGUGCCUUCUAUAUGCCGCUCUGCGUCGUUCUCUUUGUGUACUGGAAGAUCUACAAAGCUGCCAAGUUUCGUAUCGGGUACAAAAAGAGCAACACAAUCAUUCCGGUCGCUGAGGCUGUUGAGGUGAAAGAAGCGAGCCGGCAGCGCCCCCACACAGCGUUCACGGUCCACCACGCCACCGUGACGUUCCAGACGGACAGCGAGACGAGGCGCGAGCAGAAAGAACGCCGCGCGGCGCUCAUGGUGGGCAUCCUGAUCGGCGUCUUCGUUCUGUGCUGGAUCCCGUUCUUCCUGACCGAGCUGAUCACGCCGCUCUUCUCCUGCCAGGUUUCACCCACCUGGAAGAGCGUCUUCCUGUGGCUGGGCUACUCCAACUCCUUCUUCAACCCGCUCAUCUACACGGCCUUCAACAAGAACUACAACAGCGCCUUCAGGAACCUGUUCAGCCAGCAGCGCUGACCAGGACACGGCAUGGACAAAAGUACUGGGACGCCCCUUUUAAUGACUGAAUUCACGUCUUUUAGGUCAUCAUCAUGACCUCCAGUGUCCUGCACAGAGUCCUGACCUCAACCCCACUCAACAGCUCUGGAAUGGACCGGAACAUCAACAUCAGCACCCGGCCAUACAAAUGCUGCCAUCUUUUGACUCAAUGGGCACAAAUUCCCAUACACAUACGCACUUGACAAGUCUCGGCUGUUGUUCUAGUGGAAAAGAUCACCCAAUUGUUAUAGCAUUUGUUUUUAAAAUGGGACGUCCGACAAGCAAACAGUCAGGUGUCCAAAUACUUUUGGCCAUAUAUUGUGUCUUUUACCAUUCGACUAGAUUACAGUCAAUUUUAUUAAGAACACCUAUAAUCUAUUGAUUAUUUUAUAAGCUACACCCAUUAUAAAGAUGAACUAUGUGGGUAUACAAUGACUGACUGUAGCCUGUAUGUCACUGUGUACACUUUGGGACCCUCAUCAACCAUUUAAAUAGCAAAACCAAACCGAAAAACAUCAAUUUCAUUUCAUUCUGAUUGUUUAUUUGAUCUGACCACUGAACACACUGUCUUACACUAAUCAGGUAAGAAAAUGACAUGAUUCCUCUGCUGGAACAGUGGACUAAUAAACACACGUACCUCGGAUCAGCGUUAGGAGAACGUCAUCGUAUUCAAGGACGUCUGGUAAUGGACUCGUGGACUGGAUGGACUCGGAGCUCUCAACACCGACGUUUAGAAAGCAUAACAAGUGGAUGCUGAUGAUCCGAGAGAACGAUGACCUUAACGUCACCGAUUCAUUCUUAAAUAAGGUUUACAGUUUGAUUGUAUCGUGCGGCGACCAAAGUAAAUCGCUCGGUGAACAAAGGCGUGAACAGAGACUUGAGGUUCACUGUAAGUGUGUCAGACAGAAGUCGAGGAGCACAAUGUUCUUCUUACAUCUCUGAGCUUUUGAAACGAUUCAGAAUGUCCUUCAGCAUUGAGACGCUGAAAAGAUCCAUCGCUGAUUCACAGAAAAGUCACUUCUGUUGAUCUGAAAAGCUUCAAACUUUGUGUGUUUGAAGGCCAAACAGAAUCUGGUUCUGCACCAGGAUGUUAAAACAGCACGGAAAUAUUAAAUAUUAAAUACGCAUGAAAUAGGUUCAUUGUCGGGCUUCUGGUUCUUUGUUUUAUCCAAUGAAUCUGUCAAACAUGUUCAAUAGUAAACGUUUAGCUAAUGAAAGCAUUAAAACGGCUUUUUCCGAGCUUCA